AUGUCUAACCUGAUACCCGAACGCCUGCUUCUCCUGCGGAGUACAUUGACCUACAAUGAUGUGCAUGUGAACUUCACUCGAGAAGAGUGGGCUUUGCUGGAUCCUUCCCAAAGGAGUCUCUACAAAGAUGUGAUGCUGGAGACGUACAGGAACCUCACUGCUAUAGGUUAUAAUUGGGAAGGUCAUAAUGUUGAAGAGCAUUGUCAAAGUUCUAGAAGACAUUCAAGGUAUGAAAACAGUCAUAGUGGACACAAACCCCCUGAAGAUACUCAAUAUGAUGAAGUCUUUGCACAUCACAGGAAUGCCCACACAUAUGAAAGUAUGCACACUGGUGCGGAUCGCUAUGAAUCAAAACAAUAUGGUAACGCUUUUGAAAAUAACAGUUAUCUCCUAAGACAUAAAAGGACACAUAGAGAGGAGAAACCCCAUAAAUGUAACCAGUGUGGUAAAGCCUUUGCACACAACAGUCAUCUCCUAAGACAUAAAAGAACUCACACUGGAGAGAAACCUUAUGAAUGUAACCAGUGUGAUAAAGCCUUUACACAGAGGAUUGCUCUCCUAUUACAUAACAGAACUCACACUGGAGAAAAACCCCGUGAAUAUAACCAGUGUGGUAAAGCCUUUGCACAUACUAAUGAUUUCUUAAUACAUAAAAGAACUCACACUGGAGAGAAACCUUAUGAAUGUAAACAAUAUGGAAAAGCCUUUGCAUGUAGUAGUAAUCUUCAAAUACACAAAAGAACUCACACGGGAGAGAAAUCUUAUGAAUGCAAUGAAUGUGGUAAAGCGUUUUCAACUAACAGUAAUCUCCAUCUACAUAAAAGAACUCACACGGGAGAGAAACCGCAUGAAUGUGACCAAUGUGGUAAAGCCUUUGCACAGAGGAGUACUCUCCUAUCACAUAACAGAACUCACACUGGAGAAAAACCCUAUGAAUGUAACCAGUGUGGUAAAGCCUUUGCAUACAAGAAUGUUUUCAUAAUUCAUAAAAGAACUCACACUGGCGAGAAACCUUAUGAAUGUAACCAGUGUUGUAAAGCCUUUGCAGAUAACAGUCAUCUCUUAAGACAUAAAAGAACUCACACUGGAGAGAAACCUUAUGAAUGUAACCAGUGUGGUAAAGCCUUUGCAGAUAACAGUGUUCUUCUAAUACAUAAAAGAACUCACACUGGAGAGAAACCUUAUGAAUGUAACCAGUGUGGUAAAGCCUUUGCACACAACAGUCAUCUCCUAAGACAUAAAAGAACUCACAGUGGAGAGAAACCUUAUGAAUGUAACCAGUGUGAUAAAGCCUUUGCACAGAGGAGUGCUCUCCUAUUACAUAACAGAACUCACACUGGAGAAAAACCCCAUGAAUGUAAACAGUGUGGUAAAGCCUUUGCACAUAGUAGUGAUCUCUUAAUACAUAAAAGAACUCACACUGGAGAGAAACCUUAUGAAUGUAAACAAUGUGGAAAAGCCUUUGCAUGUAAUAGUAAUCUUCAAAUACACAAAAGAACUCACACAGGAGAGAAAUCUUAUGAAUGCAAUGAAUGUGGUAAAGCGUUUUCAACUAACAGUAAUCUCCAUCUACAUAAAAGAACUCACACGGGAGAGAAACCGCAUGAAUGUGACCAAUGUGGUAAAGCCUUUGCACAGAGGAGUACUCUCCUAUCACAUAACAGAACUCACACUGGAGAAAAACCCUAUGAAUGUAACCAGUGUGGUAAAGCCUUUGCAUACAAGAAUGUUUUCAUAAUUCAUAAAAGAACUCACACUGGCGAGAAACCUUAUGAAUGUAACCAGUGUUGUAAAGCCUUUGCAGAUAACAGUCAUCUCUUAAGACAUAAAAGAACUCACACUGGAGAGAAACCUUAUGAAUGUAACCAGUGUGGUAAAGCCUUUGCAGAUAACAGUGUUCUUCUAAUACAUAAAAGAACUCACACUGGAGAGAAACCUUAUGAAUGUAACCAGUGUGGUAAAGCCUUUGCACACAACAGUCAUCUCCUAAGACAUAAAAGAACUCACAGUGGAGAGAAACCUUAUGAAUGUAACCAGUGUGAUAAAGCCUUUGCACAGAGGAGUGCUCUCCUAUUACAUAACAGAACUCACACUGGAGAAAAACCCCAUGAAUGUAAACAGUGUGGUAAAGCCUUUGCACAUAGUAGUGAUCUCUUAAUACAUAAAAGAACUCACACUGGAGAGAAACCUUAUGAAUGUAAACAAUGUGGAAAAGCCUUUGCAUGUAAUAGUAAUCUUCAAAUACACAAAAGAACUCACACAGGAGAGAAAUCUUAUGAAUGCAAUGAAUGUGGUAAAGCGUUUUCAACUAACAGUAAUCUCCAUCUACAUAAAAGAACUCACACGGGAGAGAAACCGCAUGAAUGUGACCAAUGUGGUAAAGCCUUUGCACAGAGGAGUACUCUCCUAUCACAUAACAGAACUCACACUGGAGAAAAACCCUAUGAAUGUAACCAGUGUGGUAAAGCCUUUGCAUACAAGAAUGUUUUCAUAAUUCAUAAAAGAACUCACACUGGCGAGAAACCUUAUGAAUGUAACCAGUGUUGUAAAGCCUUUGCAGAUAACAGUCAUCUCUUAAGACAUAAAAGAACUCACACUGGAGAGAAACCUUAUGAAUGUAACCAGUGUGGUAAAGCCUUUGCAGAUAACAGUGUUCUUCUAAUACAUAAAAGAACUCACACUGGAGAGAAACCUUAUGAAUGUAACCAGUGUGGUAAAGCCUUUGCACACAACAGUCAUCUCCUAAGACAUAAAAGAACUCACAGUGGAGAGAAACCUUAUGAAUGUAACCAGUGUGAUAAAGCCUUUGCACAGAGGAGUGCUCUCCUAUUACAUAACAGAACUCACACUGGAGAAAAACCCCAUGAAUGUAAACAGUGUGGUAAAGCCUUUGCACAUAGUAGUGAUCUCUUAAUACAUAAAAGAACUCACACUGGAGAGAAACCUUAUAAAUGUAACCAGUGUGGGAAAGCCUUUGCACGAAGGAGUGCUCUACUAUUACAUAGCAGAAUUCACACUGGAGAAAAACCCUAUGAAUGUAACCAAUGUGGUAAAGCCUUUGCAGCUACCAGUAAUCUCCUAGUACAUAAAAGAACUCACACUAGAGAGAAACCUUAUGAAUGUAACCAAUGUGGUAAAGGCUUUGCAAGUAAGAGUCAUCUCUUAGUACAUAAAAGAACCCAUACUGGAGAGAAAACUUAU